CGAGGGUCUAUAUAUUAAAAAGAUGUCACAAAUUCAAUACUAUGCACAUUCUAAGUGGACUGAAUAAUGCGCCUUUUGUAUCGCCUCCUCCCAUUCUGCAACUGGCUAAAUUCCUCUCCACUCUCUCAUCGUGCGUCUGUCUCAGUCUCUGACACACCGCGCAGGGAGCACGAGCCUAUCUCCUUUUGCUUGUGUUACAGAGGGAAUAUUUAACGGGUUAAUUUUCUUUGCCUCAUGGGCAUAUUGGAUAUUCUGAAAUAAAUGUAGACUCUUAUGCCGGAAGUAGAAGUUAUAUUUCUUUGUAAAUACUGGUAAUCGUUGGCGUAAUUGGGUGGUCCACCAAGGAACAGCAAUGUGACUGAGAUGGUUUUUCAGGACGCGGAUCUUGAUGAAAACGAACUGUUUAAUGUUUUUAAAGACAUUUUCGUCUCUAUGUGAUAUGUGUUUCAUGUGUUUACGCGCAACAGUGAGGUAGAAUUCUCGUCCAAAUUUGACCGCAUAUCAGAGGGAUCCGGAGCUGGGUGAUUUAUUUGGUGAAUGCGGCGGUCAGGGUCGGUGUUUGAGCGCUGCAGGAGCAGCGAGUGGCGGGGCAUGAUUUCUCAAAUGUUUCAGUUCGCGCGGCGCAUUUGGAUUAUUUCUCCAGAGAUGUUCCUGCUUCCCAUGUUUUGGUUUUUAUCUCAGGCUCUUGCAGCACCAUCUCUGACGGCCGAACAGAUGGAUAUGGGGGUGGAUUGGCUGAGUAAGUUUGGGUAUCUCCCACCCCCUGACCCGGUGACUGGACAGCUCCAGACCAAGGAGGCCCUGACCAAAGCCAUCAAAGCUAUGCAGAAGUUUGGAGGACUGGAGGAGACCGGAGUGCUGGACCAAGCCACCCUGGGCCUGAUGAAGACCCCGAGGUGUUCCCUCCCGGACCUUUCUGAGACCGAGGUGGUGGUGGGCCGCAGGAGACGAGCCCUGACGCCCCAGAACAAGUGGAGCAAGAGACACCUCUCCUGGAGGAUUCGUACCUUUCCUAAGGAGUCUCCUCUGUUAGGUCGAGAUACGGUACGAGCUCUCAUGUACUAUGCCCUCAAGGUCUGGAGUGACAUCUCACCCCUCAACUUCCAUGAAGUGGCGGGCAACGACGCAGACAUCCAGAUCGACUUCACCAAGGCCGACCACAACGACGGGUACCCUUUCGAUGGGCCGGGAGGCACCGUGGCACACGCCUUCUUCCCCGGAGAGAGGUUCACGGCAGGGGACACCCACUUUGAUGAUGAUGAGGCCUGGACCUUCAGAUCACCAGACUCUCACGGGAUGGAUCUGUUUGCGGUAGCAGUGCAUGAGUUUGGUCAUGCUAUUGGCCUGGCCCACACCUCAGCAAUAGAGUCCAUCAUGAGGCCGUACUACCAGGGUCCUGUGGGGGACCCACUCAAGUACGACCUCCCCUAUGAGGACAAGGUCCGCGUCUGGCAGCUCUACGGAGUCAGAGAUUCAGUGUCUCAUACAGCGCGUCCUGAUGAUCCCUCCCAGACCGCUGACCCACCUGUACUACUGGACCUCCCUGAGAACAGAUCUACUGUCCCGCCGGCACGAGAUGCCCCUAACAGGUGCACAAGUCACUUCGAUGCAGUGGCCCAGAUUCGUGGAGAGGCCUUCUUUUUCAAAGGGAAAUAUUUCUGGCGUCUGACGCGGGAGAAGCACCUGGUGUCUCUGCGUCCGGCUCAGACCCACAGGUUCUGGAGAGGCCUGCCUACCAACCUGGACAGUGUGGACGCUGUCUACGAGAGACCUGGGGACCACAAGAUCGUCUUCUUCAAAGGACUGAAGUAUUGGAUAUUCAAGGACAACAACGUGGAGGAGGGUUAUCCUCGGCCAAUCAGUGACUUCGGCCUGCCUAUGGAGGGUGUAGACGCAGCCUUCGUGUGGCUCCACAACGACAAGACCUACUUCUUCAAGGACAACCGCUACUGGCGCUAUGACGACCAUCUACGGCGUAUGGAUCAGGGCUACCCCAAAGACAGCACACUGUGGAAGGGGAUCCCGUCCCAACUAGACGAUGCCAUGCGAUGGUCUGACGGCUCCUCAUACUUCUUCAAGGGGAAGGAGUACUGGCGUGUGGUGGGCAGUGAUAUGGAGGUGGAGGCUGGGUACCCACGGUCCAUAGGAAAGGACUGGCUGGUGUGUACAGAGAUGCAGUCAGACUCCCCAGCCACAGAGGCCAAUAACACGGCUAACACGCGGCUACACGGGCAGCAUCAUGCCGACCACGCAGAAAACGGCUACGAGGUGUGCUCCUGCACCUCCAACUCUGCCUCGCCCUUGGGAGCCCAGCCCUCACCCUCCCCCCUCUGGCUACUUGCCCUCUUGACUCUCUCUGGGGUACUAUCCUACGUCCCUCUAUGAUGUAAGCAGAGGGGAGCGGCCACACUCUGUGACAGGAAGUACAGCAGCCAAUCUGCUGAGAGCGGGGGAGUGGCUUAAGGGGCUUUUCGCCUGGGUACUGCCAGACCAGCUACACCAUCGAAUCAAAACGAUGACUGGAGGAAUUUGUUGUUAUUGUUAUCUUAAUUGGGAUCCUCAUUGUUAAUUUGUUUUAUUUAUUAUACCAAAUCCUUCUCAAUGGAUCAAUAUGCUUUCAAAUGAAUGAUGUUUAAAUUAUGAUACUGGAUUGAAUUAGAAAUGUGAUAACAUGACGAUAAUGGAAAUAGUAUAUAAACUUGAUGAUAAUGAUAAUGAUAACAAGUUUAUAGCAAAAUGUCCCUCCGUGACUAAGCAGUCUAGCAGGAGAGUGGUACUCUGGGAUGCUGUGCUCCCUGUCCCCUUGUUCCUGCAAUCACUAUAAGAGCUUUAAAGUAACUCUCCAGGGUUUUGGGAUUUCUGUGAAAUAUGACCUAUUAUUAAUUAAAAUAUUAGUGAAAUAGUUUUCCUUCCCCCAAAAAAUGUAUUAUGUUAAAAAACAGCUUUUCUUUGUUGGAAUGUUGUGGGGCGUGCCCCAACAACAGAAUGGUGUUGGCGUAUACCGGUCAUUAAAAAUAUUCACACGAAUAGACCACUGAUUGGCUAGCUCAUCCUCCUCAGGAAGAUGACCAUCCUCUCUGAGGAAAUAACCAAGCAUUUUUUUAACUGUUUGAGGUUGGGUUUUUCAAGUGUUUUGUCACCAAUUUAUGCUUUGGCCACAAAUACUAGUAUAGGAUGAAUCAACAGCAUUAUUUGCGUAUGAGUUAGCAGAAUAUUAACUUGUAAGUGUUUUUUUACUGGAAAGUUACUUUAAGAACCCUCAAACACACACACACACACACACAGACCACUCCAUGUGCUUUUUUUACAGUCUGAGCUAGCUGGACAAAUGCUUCUGUCUCCUCUCACUCAUUCAACUGGUAAUGUGUGGGCUGGUCGGAUGGACACUCCACUAUAAUUGGACAGCUUGUUCUCUCACUGAGUUUCUAAUGUCAGGGCUAUCUGGAUGGAAUGGACACUACUUCCUGUAAUGACACUGACUCUCCUUCCUUGACUGCACUCGCGGGCCCUUUUGAGACCUUUGCACCUGUAUCUUUCUUUUUUUCUCAGCUGAGAUACAGUAGCACCUCCUGCCGUUAUCAGAGAGGGUACCCUGUUAAUUUGAUUAUUAGGAUGUAUUUUUGUAAUAAGCACAGAGGGAUUGUGGUCGAGCCCUACUCGGGGAUGUGCUUGAUGGGGUUUUCAUGAUGCCUUGGUCUGGUCUGGUCAGUGGUCACUGCAGCGGUCAGCGAUACCCAGCGGUCACCCAGCUGCGCCGUUCUCCUUCUCCAUUGUCUCUCCUAACAUGAACUAUCUCUAAGGAUAGGAGGAUGUCUGGGUACCAGUACAGUGACUGGACAUGGAUAUCCACCAGAGACCUGCCUGCUGAGAGGAGGGCACCCACUCAAAACACAACUAGAUUUAUUAAUAUUCCUAAGAUAUAUUUACUUACAGUCUAUAUAUACAGAUCUAUUUGAGGUGAAAAGUUCUAUGGCAGUUACAAAAAAAAACAUGUACAUUUCUCAGCCGUCUUUUCUAAGGUGAAAUAUUUUUGUAGCAAAAUAAAGAGGGGGUAAGACAGAG